AUGUUGAGAGGAGACAGAUAUGGUGCCAAAGUGGAUAUCUGGGCCCUUGGGAUCAUGGCACUAGAAAUGGUGGAUGGUCCUACACAGCCUAAGCACAAGCCACCCGAGCUGGAGACUCCCAGAAACCUGUCGCCUGUGUUCCGUUCCUUCCUGCAGUCCUGCCUGAAACGGAAGGUGAAGCGUCGAUGGACGGCCAGGAAGCUGAUGAAGCAUCCGUUUUUAGGAAAAUCCAAGAGUCUUGUCGAGAUGGCUCCUCUGAUUGAUGCAGUCAGGAGACCCAGAACAGCGGCACCAGAACCUCUGCUGGCUCCCUCUCUUUCUGGACAAGAGGGGAAAGAAGAGCAAGUAGAGAAGAAAGUUGUCAAAGCAAAGCCUGAAGGAGUGAAAUCAAUCCUCAAGAGCUCUGCAAUGGCAGGUGUUGCUGCAGCACCACAACCUAAAGAAGUCUCCUUGCCCGACACUGAAAUGCCAAGCACAAGCACUGGCAAAAGAGCCACUGGGAAAAAAUGCACACAGAAAACAAGCACUGGGAAGAAAAGCUCUGCAGAAACCAGCACAGGGAGAAAAAGCUCAGACCAGCCACAACUGAUAUCCUCACUAACAAGUAUUUACCUCGCCGAUCUCAAGGGCAUUGUGAGUGAGGAGAACCCUAUGAAGAAAUACACUUUACAGCAGCAAAUUGGCCAAGGGUCUUGUGGAAGAGUUUUCCGAGGAGUUGACAUUGCCACAGGAGGACAGGUGGCCAUCAAGAAGAUUUUUCUCCGCGACAGAAAGAACAAAAGGGAGCUUGUUUUAACUGAGGUUGCAGUCCUGAAGAGAAUGAGGCACCCCAAUAUCAUUCACUAUAUAGACAGCUACCUUUUCAAUGAAGAACUCUGGCUGGUGACGGAAUAUGUGGAGGGAUGCACCUUAGGCGAUGUCAUUUCCAUACAAGCUCUUGAGGAAGAGAUGAUAGCCUCUAUCAGUCGGGAGGUAAGGGAUGCUGCCCUUGCUUCUGACAGCUUGGACAGGAUGGUUCUUUGCAAAAGGUGGUAAGAACAGGAGUGAUUUCCUGUUCAGAGCUUUGUUUCUGCG